GGCGUUUUGGUUUUUUUGAUCGGGCGCGGCGCCGCGGGCGUGUUUUUGCAUGCAGUGCCUGUUCGCGGGCCCGUGCGUCCGCCUGCGCAUUUGGGGGGGGGAGGAAUCCGGAAGGCCCCCGGCAUAGCCCCGGCCUUUGCCGGCCCCCCCGACCGCCGUUGCGCCAAGCCCAAGGGCGCGCAGCCAGGCUGAUACAUUGUUCGUUGCCGGUGGGACUCCUUUGUUUACCAGGACCCCCCUGCGCCAAGGGCAGAGCGCCCCCCCUUCCGCGCCGCCUUUUGCAAGCCAGCGCCGCGGCCGCCCGGGUUGCUCCUUGGUUGCUGUCCGACCCGCGGGCGCCACGGCCGUUUCGGUCUCUUCGAACGAGUGAUCGUCUGCCGCCCGGAUAUUUGGCCCGGCCGCUGCCUGACAGGCUUGCGUAUUUCGUGGCAACUAACAAGCGAAUGCGUCCGCUUUUUGGGCGGCUUCACCUCCUUUUCAACUCUGCGUGGAACCGCGUACAAGGGUAGCGGCAGCUGUCGAUCGUUGCGUGAGUGUGUGCGCCCCUUUCUUUCGCCAGGACGACCAUAUCGGCCACGCUUUUCAGGAAAAAAACGCCCUAUCACGUAGUUCCCGG